CGUCCCUAGUGUGGAGUUUUACGGAAGAAAAGUAUAGGGUGUAGGAAACAGUGUAACAAUAGUUAUAUACCUACAUUGAAUGUUAUUUUGAAGUUACGGUAUGUAUGCUGGGGCUUUCUGUUGCCUACUGACUGUAAACUACGCUACUGAUAUAGUUGCAAAUUUGUAGCCUAGGUCGAUUUCGGACACCGGAAUUUUUUAUUCUUCAACAAAAAUCUGGCAACAAAGUGUUUUGAAAGAAACGAGACAAGACUAUAUACCACCAUGUCACGUUGUGACAAAAAUUUGGAAAAAGAUGUGGAUUCCUCGCCAACCCCGACCACAAACUCGAGCUCUAAAAACGGAGAUAAGGGGGACGUCGUGAUCAAUGCGAGGGCAGUGUGCCGCGUUUGUAAAUGUUUAUAUCGCGAGCCUAAAAUUAUGCAGUGUUUACACACCUUCUGCGCAGACUGCGUUCGUCAACUGGAACCAUUUUCGGUGUCUUCGGGCGUACACAAUGGCAAAGCGGUCCCUCUGGAAGGCGAGCAGCCCUCCUCUGCCGUCACCGUUCUCUGUCCGGAGUGUGACUCCGAGGUGGACAUUCCGUUGUCCGGGGUGGACGGGCUGACCACUGACCACUUGGCUCUGGACGAAGUGUUUCUGGAGACGCUGAUGAGCAAGAACUCUGUGGUAUGCGACCUGUGCAGCGACGGGGACGCAGAGAAGCGUUGUGAGGUGUGCAGUGUCAACCUCUGUGAGUUUUGUAUUCAAGCACACAGGAGACAGAAGAGGACGUCGUCUCACACCGUCCAGUGUCUGGAGGACCUGAAGACCCAGGGUCGUCUCUCUCGGCCCGUCCUGUGCUCCCUCCACCCUGGCCAGGAGCUGCGUCUCUUCUGUGAGCCCUGUGACCUACCUGUCUGCCUGGAGUGUGCCGCCACCUUCCACCGCGACCACCGCUGCCUCCCCACACGUGACGUCAUCGACCGCCAUGGGGGCCGUAUCCGAGAUCUGGUUACCGGGCGCCUGCGUCCACGGCUGGACCAGCUGGAGGAGUCACUGCGGAAGGUGGACCUAUCUCAGGAGGCCUUGCAGGCCAGAGUGGAUGAGGCGGUGGACGAGGUGCGUACCUUCGCAAGGGGCUACGCUAGCGCUGUAGAGUCGCACUGCCUGUUGCUGCUACGGCGCUUAGAGGAGCUGGGUCUGCAGCGCAGGAAUCAUCUCCACCUGCAGAGGGCGCAGCUGCAGCAGGCCCUGAAGGACACCCGUGGGGGGGUGGAGUUCGCGGAGCGGCUGCUGACCUGCGGGUCGGAUGCAGAAAUCCUCAGUGCUAAGGAUGUGACCCUCCGCAGGCUGGCUGGCCUGAUGGAGACGGGCUACAACCCCCACCCAGCAACCAUCACCCCUUAUGACGGUAGCAGUAUCUGCUUCCUGCCACGGGAGAGUGCAGGCGUGGUGGCGGGGUACCCUAUGGUGGGGGUGAUCCACGCCAAGACCCUGGAGCUCAGCAGGUGCACCAUCGAGGGGGAAGGUGUACAGCGUGGCAGGGAAGGCCAGAGAGGGGAGUUCACCCUGGUGUGUAGAGACUCUGCUGGGAAGCAGAUGGGUCGUGGAGGGGAAGCUGUCCUGGUCAGCAUGGUCCACAAGGAGAAGAAAGACUGCAGAGUGGAGGCGGCGGUGGUGGAUAACAGUGAUGGCUCCUAUUCUGUCUCCUACACCCCCAUGGAGCCAGGGUUCUACUCCGUGUGGGUGUGUGUCAAGACCCAACACGUUAAGGGUUCCCCAUUUGUCCUGAAUGUGAAGAGACAGGUCCGAUGGCACCGUGGAACGUUCCACUGCUGUUCCUUCUGCUCCAGUGGGGGUUCUAAAGAGGCCCGUUGUGGCUGCACGGGCACCAUGCCAGGAGGGUUCCAGGGCUGUGGUCAUGGCCAUAAGGGUCACCCUGGUAAGCCCCACUGGUCAUGCUGUGGCAGUACGGUGGAGGCCUCAGAGUGCCUGCCACAGAGUGUGAUAACGGCAGUGGGGGGAACAAUAACAGCAGUGGGGGGGACAGGCUCGCCCCGGGGCCACCUCAGGACAGUGGAGCUCUGAGGGACAGGGCCAGGACAACCCUACCCCACCAGACAUCAUGGGUCUACGAAUCAACCCUUUCAGAUGAUGAACGAAAUACUGGGAAAGAAGUGGGACAGUGGGGAUAAAUGUUAGAAGAAAUUAAUGAAGAAAAAGUCAAUAACUUGAAAGGCCGCAGCAUUACUUAUGAAUUUCUAUGAAUUUCUAUUUUCUAUUAAAUAUACCCACAAGCUGUAGAUGUUAUACACACUACACAAAACAAUAUUUGUUGUGGUCCACUACUGUACCUAACUGUUCUGUUUUUUCUAUUGUUGUGCAUGUGCAUGUUACAUCACCAGACUGACUUAGUGCCUUUUAUGUAUUUGAAAGACCCUUAUUUUUAUUGUUAAUAAAUAACACUGGAAUAA